AGCAAUGGCAUCUUCAUCAUCAUCUUCAUCACAUGUUAACAUUAAGUCUGGUCCCAUCGAUGCUGAUGUAUUAUGGAUGCAACCUAAACAUGUUUCAGAACAUGUUUGGAAUGGGGAAGAAGAUAGGAAAUUACAUAUCAGACGAGCUGUCCCCACGUAUCAAGGGGAAGAACAAAUUCCUGAGCAAAUUUUUCCUUUUCUUCUACAAUCUGGUUUCGCCUGGAUUAUCAAGAUGGGGUACUUAAAAAUAAAUGCCUCAUUAAUUAGUGCUCUGAUUGAAAGAUGGAGGCCAGAAACACAUACCUUUCACAUGAGAUGCGGAGAAUGUACUAUUACUCUCCAAGACGUCUCUGUAUUGUUAGGUAUAAGUGUGGAUGGUUUACCAUUAAUCGGUCCAACAAAUCUUGAUUGGGCUGAUUUAUGUGAGGAAUUAUUGGGAGUCAGACCACAAGAAGAUGAAAUUAGAGGUAGUGUGGUUAAAUUAAGUUGGCUGGCUCACCAUUUUGCCCAAAUAAAUAAUGACGACGACGAAGAACAAGUACGAAGGUUUGCCCGUGCAUGGAUAUUGAGAUUCAUUGGAGGUGUCUUGUUCGUUGAUAAAAGCAGUAACAAAGUUUCGCUAAGAUACCUUCAAUUUUUACGUGACUUUGAAGAAUGUGGCAGAUAUGCAUGGGGAGCUGCCGUACUUGGUUUUCUAUACAGAGAGAUGUGCAAUGCCACCGAUUAUAAAACUAAAUCAAUCGGAGGUAUGUGCAUCUUACUACAAAUGUGGGCAUGGGAACGAUGUCCAACCUUGGCUCCAAAGAGGACUCCUUCCCAAGUAGAAAAUACACCACUGGGGCAUAGGUGGCUGCGACGUGGAAACCAAUAUAUCGGCAAUGAUGAUGUGAGAGUUUUUCGUCGCAAGUUAGAUAUUAUGAAACGUCAUGAGUUUGUGUGGGAGCCGUACCCAUCAACCGUAAUAUCAUUGUUGCCUCCCGUUUGUUUAGUCGGAAGUCUCGCGUGCCAAUUCCAGAGUCUCCUUCACAACCCUUAA